CGAACACGACGUGAUGGCAAAGAUCAAGGACGAGGGAAUCCGGGUCAUCGACCUGCGCUUCGUCGACAUGCCGGGGUUGUGGCAACACUUCACCGUGUCGGCGAAGGAGUUUUCCGCGGACGUCUUCGACGAAGGGAUCGGGUUCGACGGAUCGAGCAUCCGCGGAUUUCAGCAGAUCCAGGAAAGCGACAUGCUGCUGUUCCCGGAUCCGUCGACCGCCUUUGUCGACCCGUUCGCAGCCGAGACCACGCUCUGUCUCAUCUGCAACGUCAAGGACCCGAUCACCGGCGAGUCCUACUCGCGGGAUCCCGCAACAUCGCCCAGAAGGCCGAGGCGUACCUGAAGUCGACGGGCAUCGGCGACACCGCCUACUUCGGUCCCGAGCCGGAGUUCUUCAUCUUCGACGACAUCCGGUUCGGACAGACCUACAACGAGGGCUACUACCACAUCGACGCCAGCGAGGGCUUCUGGAACGCCGGCCGGGUGGAGAACCCCGACGCCGCCGGCAAUUCGCGCAACCUGGGCUACAAGCCGCGGUACAAGGAAGGCUACUUCCCGGUGCCGCCGAUGGACAGCCACCAGGAUCUGCGCACCGAGAUGCUGCUCACCCUGGAGCAGAUCGGUGUGGAGAUCGAGGUCCAUCACCACGAGGUGGGCACGGCCGGCCAAGGCCGAGAUCGACAUGCGCUUCGACUCGCUCGUGAGCAUGGGCGACAAGCUGCUGAAGUACAAGUACGCGUCAAGAACGUCGCCCGCCGCCACGGCAAGACGGUGACGCUGAUGCCGAAGCCCCUCUUCCAGGACAACGGGUCCGGCAUGCACGUCCACCAGAGCCUCUGGAAGGACGGCAGGAACCAGUUCUUCGAGGCCGGCAACUACGGCGACCUCAGCCAGAUGGCGCUCCACUACAUCGGGGGCGUCCUCAAGCACGCCCCCGCGUUGCUCGCGCUGACCAAUCCGACGACCAACUCCUACCGGCGCCUGGUCCCGGGCUACGAGGCGCCGAUCAACCUGAUCUACUCGAUGCGGAACCGCAGCGCCGCGGUCCGGAUCCCGGUCUACUCGAACAGCGAGAAGGCAAAGCGCAUCGAGACCCGCUUCCCCGAUCCGACCUGCAACGGCUACCUCGCGUUCAGUGCGCUGCUGAUGGCGGGCCUCGACGGCAUCCAGAACAAGAUCACGCCGCCGGGACCGCUCGACAAGGACCUCUACGACCUCCCGCCGGAGGAGAUGUCCAAGAUCGACAGCACGCCGGCCGAUCUGUCCGAGGCGCUGAACGCCCUCGAGGCCGACCACGAGUUCCUGCUCAAGGGCGACGUCUUCACACCGGACGUGAUCGAGACCUGGAUCGCCUACAAGCGGGAGAACGAGAUCGACGCGAUCCGCCUGCGCGCACAACCACCGUGGAGUUCAGCGCGCUCUACUUCGACUAGUGGUCCGGCCACGUCAUAA